AUGACCCGGUCGGCGCUGGGGCUCCUGUUUCAGAUCUUUCAGCUGCCCUACUACCAAGAGGUGGAGGACUUCUAUACUAAAGGCCUGAACGACUCGGACAAGGACAGUUUGCGACGAGCUAUUGCCAGCUCCUUUGGCGACUUUCACCUGACCUGUCCGGAGAUCUUCUUCGCGGAGGCACUGGCCAAAAGCAGUCCCACCAGUCGCCUCUUCUCCUACCGGGUAACUCAGCAGAUCAGUCGAGGUUGUCGAGGUUGGAUGGACGUCUGCCAUGCUGAGGAUAAUACGCUAGUCUUUGGUCACCCCGUGGUGGAGCCUAGGCGUUUUACGGCCAUCGAGACGAAGCUCUCCGCUGAUAUGGUCCGGGCGUGGACGAACUUUGCCAAGCACGGCGAUCCGGGUCAUUGGGAGGGAAGUGGAAGUGGAAAUGGAAGUUCCAGUAAUGUUCAGUGGAGUGGUGCCUUUGCCGGUGCUGAUCACUCUUCGGUGCAGUUUAUGGAGCUCAAUGCCCAUCACUACCGAAUGGUUGAAGUGUCCGCUGUCGAGUACUCGCCCACGGUGGACCUGGCUGCCGGCAAGGUCCGCGGCCUGGUCAUCGACGUCGAGGACUACGGCAAGGUGGACGCCUAUGUGGGCAUUCGCUAUGGCCGCGCCGAGCGUUUUGCCAAGCCAAAACCGGUCACCAAGUGGGAGGGCCUCUACAAUGGUCACGCCGAGCGCUUUGCCAAGCCAAAGCCGGUCACCAAGUGGGAGGGCCUCUACAAUGCCACCAGCUGGCAGUUUGCCUGUCCCCAGCACUCGGUCCCCUUUUCGGAGACGGUCAAACACGUCACCGCCCUCAAAACGACCGUCGCCAACGAGGACUGCCUCUUCGUGAACGUCUACCGGCCGGCAACGCCCAAGGCAAGCCCUCGCUCCGUCAUGGUCUGGGUCCACGGCGGUGGCUUUACUGAAGGCACCAUCUUCAGCGUCUACUACGACGGCCGGUACCUGGCGGCUGCGGGCGAUGUGAUCGUGGUGACGGUCAACUACCGUCUGGACGCCUUCGGCUUUCUGCACACCACCUCCGAGGAGGCGCCCGGAAAUCAGGAGUGUAACNCUGCGGGCGAUGUGAUCGUCGUGACGGUCAACUACCGCCUGGACGCCUUCGGCUUUCUGCACACCACCUCCGAGGAGGCGCCCGGAAAUCAGGGUCUCUACGAUCAGAUCCUCGCUCUGGAGUGGGUGAAGGCGAAUAUCGAAAAGUUUGGUGGUGACCCGAAGAGUGUAACGCUUUUUGGCGAAUCUGCGGGCUCAUUUUCCACUUCAGCCCUUUUCCUGUCACCACUAACGAAGGGACUCUUCCACCGAGCUAUCAUGCAAUCAGGGGCGACCAACAGCUGGCUCGGCUCUCAGAGCUCUCCAAAAUCUUUAGAAGUAACAAAAAAUCUUGCCGAAACUUUGAACUGCUCCAGCGAUAAGGAGGCGGAGGUGAUCAAGUGUCUGCGAUCGAAAACUGUAAAUGAAAUUCUCGAUGCGACAAAACCGGCGCUCCAGAACGGUGAAAACUUUAUUCCCACCUACGGAGAGGCGUUGAUGCCGAUGCCGCCGGUAAAGGCGCUGAAGGGCGGCCAUUUUAACAAGGACGUCGAUCUGAUGUACGGCGUGACGAAGAAUGAAGGUUCGAUGUUCGUGGUGGAGAUCUUCGACCUGCCCUUCCUCGACCCGGACCACAACAACACCGACUACAAUGUGACGCAGGUCAAUGGCUUCAUCACCUUUAUGAUGACCAUCUUCGAGGAUAAGAAGCCGAAGGAGGUAGCGGACUACUACACGAAGAACCUGAAGAAUGACGACAAGGAUGAGAUGAA